GAAAGAGGAUAGAAAAGGGACAAGAAAGAGCUAUGGGGUGACCCGGCCAGUUCUGCCAGGAGGCACAUGCCUGUCUGUAAUAAAAGCCAUGCAACACUGUCCCAAGAGGGUCAUGGUCCCAGUGUGUUGAUGGGAAAGAGGCAAACAGAGGUUACAAUUUUCAUUGGACUCUCAUUCCCUCUUUAUUCAGCUAUCCGCCAUCCUAGCACCUGACUUCAGACUGGUUCACAGCAUUUAGACAUGCUAGGCCAUCAAACUCUUUGUUUCACCCAGAUAACACAUCAGUUCAUUCAUUACUGCAGUAAAAAAAGUGCAAUGACUGCAUGGACAAGCACAAACAUGCACACAUGCCCCGGCACACUGCAGCUAGGAGGCUGGCUGGGAAGUGUGCUCUUCAGAAAGAGUUACAGGAUGUCUCUGGUGCUGUUGAUUUGCACCCUAACAGUGUUCCCCGCCUUCCUUUCCUACCUUCCCCCAAAAGCGUGCCUCCUCCACUCCACAAAUGUGACUGGCACAUGCAGGGACUCAGGAACGCUACUGAGAGCAGACAACCAGCUGGAGGGUCAGUGUUUUCCCAGAUCCCUGGGCAGCCCAGCAAAGCCAGGCUGCACACUCCACCAGUCGGUGUGGGCAGAAGGUUAUUCUCUCCAGGGCAUUUAGGAUCAAUGCACCGUGCACUGAUGGAUGCUUUCCCUAUUGUUCAGCUGCGUGCCUGGAUUGGCUGAAUGGCUGUGGGAAACACCAGCAACCUCAAGACUCACAUAUCUGCUAAACGCUUCGGUGUAUAAAUAGAGGUGGUCAGACACUGCCAGAGCACAGCCUGAUGCUCAGCACAGCAGCCCAUGUGGACGGGCUGCACCCAGGGCUGACAGCACCUGGAAUGGCUCCCAGUAACACUCUCAUGAUCCACAUGGAUGAGAAACUGCUGCCAAAAGAGAAGAAUAAACUCAGGAAGCCGGUGGUGGAGAAAAUGCGCCGUGACCGGAUUAACAGCAGCAUUGAGCAGCUGAAGGUGCUCCUGGAGAAGGAGUUCCAGAGACACCAACCCAACUCCAAGCUGGAGAAAGCCGACGUCCUGGAGGUGGCUGUCAGCUACCUGAAGCAGCAGAGCCAGCUGCAGGAGCCAGCAUUCAUUCACAAGAACCCAGAGCAGGACUUCAACAGCGGAUACCUGCGGUGCCUAAAGGAAGCAAUGCAUUUUCUAUCCUACUACGAACCCAGGAAGGAAACCCAGGCCCAGCUGCUCAAGCACUUCUGCAAAGCUCAGAUGGGUGCAGACAUCACGCGCUCUCCUGCCACACGCAGUACACCUCGCUCACCCUGUGUGUUUGCCAGAAAGCAGCCUGCCCAGAAAACUGCCCAGAAAACUGCAGCAGCAGCUCAUACCAUCUGGAGACCCUGGUAGACCUACUGAUGAACUUUGCUUUAUUCCUAUGUUUUGCUAAAAAGAAAAAAAAAAAAAGAGGGACUUGUGAUUUAAUAAUCCCUCUUCAAAGUAGGAAACAUUGCUUUCCAAAGGCGGGAGGGGGAAGGCUUUGUUUUUCUGUUAUGAGAAAUGAAGGUCGCUGAGUAGUUUCCCUUCACACUGAAGGACUGUGUGUAUCUCGUAGCAGAUUUGCUGCUCCUGCCGGUGGCUCCGAGCCGAGGAGAAGGCUGAGCUCUGCAGCAACCUGGAGCCAAAGCCCUUCGCUUCCACCUCACCUCCCGGCUGCUGAGCCGCGGCUGUCAGUGGAAAUCUCUCUAUGAACACCCUGGGUCACUGGUUCAAGUGCUGCAUUGUCUGCAGACAAUGUCCCGACCUUCGUAAAGAAGGAGCACUUCUGAGAAUGUACUUUGUAUCAUAAUGCCAGCAUUGAGCUCUCCUGAGUGAAAGAUGUUAUUCAGAAUCGCUGAUGCUUCUGAAGUUUCUAUGCUAUUCAUAGCACAAUUCCUUACAGAUCGUUAUUAUGAUAACAGAGAGAGUAGGGAAAAUUCUCUUAAUAUCCAGUAUGUGCUGCUCUCCAAGGAGGGAAAAUCGAUGCCUUUUGUAAAGGAAAUACCUGUAAUAUAUCUUGGGUGAGGGUGGGGGAGGAAGGGAGGCAAUCAGUACUGUACAAAGCACUUGGCUGAACGUGCUAAAGAGCUUAAGAAGCUUUUAUAAAGUUGUGAUGUAUUCAUCCUGUGCGAUGCUCAACUUCGGUGUCUUUGCU